AUGGGAGUUACAAUGAUACUUACGAUUUUUAUUUUGUGUUUUUUUUCACAUAACUAUGCUCUACUCUUUCACGGAGACAACAUUCCAGGACACUCUACAACCAAUGGGCCGAUAGGAAAAGAAACCACGCUUUCUCUCUUGAUGCAAGAGAUUUUGGAUUUAAAAGCCCAAGAUAAAAGUCAAGAGCAAGAAAUCCAAACGUUGAAAAACCAAACAUUGUCAAAGGACAAUGUAACUGCUAGUACUGUGAAUAAGCUCGCGUCUGAAUACAUGGACAUGAAAAAUGCAUUUGGAUUAAUGAAACAAAAAAUUGAUCAAAACAAUAGUCAGACAGAACUACAAACCCUCAAAUCAAGGCUGGACACUAUUGCGCAAUCCAUUCGAUACUUGACCUUGUCUCUACAAAGUCACGAGAUUCAUGAUGAGGAGACAAACAUGACAAUUUAUCGCGAAUUCGAACAUUUAAACUCAAAGCUGAUGAAUGAAAAUCAAAAAUUGCACGAGGAGAUCCUGAAUUUAACAAAUAUCGAGUCUUCAGACAUCCAGCGACUCGAAACAAUACAGCAAACAACAUUCACAUCAUUGGGGUCAGAAAUAGCAACACAGAAAACUAAACUGAGAAAUUUGAACAACAAUCUUCUUCUUCAUUUCGAUUAUAGAAUCCGGUUGGUUGGUGGGAGUUCAAACUCUGACAGAGUGGAAAUUCUUUAUUUUGGACAAUGGGGAACAGUUUGUGAUGACAAUUUUGAUAACAAUGCUGCUGAAGUUGUUUGCCGAAUGCUGAGAAAGAGCACAACGAAUGUUGUAAUAUAUGGCAAUGCACAUUUUGGAAGUGGAACUGGUCCUAUAUAUUUUGACGAAUUAGUGUGCAGUGGAUAUGAAUCUGACUGGUUCAGUUGUCAGCAUCCUCCACUUGGGGUUCAUAAUUGCGACCAUGAUGAAGAUGCUGGAGUACAGUGUGGUUGACUGGACAACCACUGUUGAAAGAGAAAUAUAGAAAGAGAACUUAAAAGAUACCAAAGUUAAAAAAAAUUGUUAUUGAAAUUAUUAGAUAAUGCCAUUUUUGUAAUAAAUGUAUAACAAGUG